GAGAGAGAAAGAGAGUUGGAGUUUAGGACUGCAGAAUGAGAGAGAGAUUGAGACUGUGUGUUGGAAUGCGCUGAUACAUUGGAACAGGCUGCUUUUCUCUGUUUGUCCCCUUGUCAGUCAUCCCGAGGCGCACACGCAUACACUUCGGAACGCUGGAGGCUCUGUUUGGAAAGGUGGUGAUUAACCCCUUCCCCCUCAUUCCUCCUCCGUCUCACUCGCCGUCUGGUUGUUUUACCUGCACUCGUCUGGACUCGUUCGGUGAGUAAAGACACAGAAGGACAGGAAGGAAGAGAGAUGACAGAGAAGGAGGGAGAGUAAUGCCAAGACGGUGCCGUUCAUUCUUUGUGGAAUACGGUGAAAAUCCAGAGAGGAUUUGGACACCUGUGGAACACAAUUGUGGAUAUUCUACUUGUGCAGUUUGAUUGGGUGACUGAAAUGGAAUAUCAUGUGAGUGACUGAUGAACUGACUUAAUUGAGUGCACUCGAGUUGAACCAGCAUUUCUACAGUAUGUCUAAACCUUCACGACUUGCUCGCCCAUCCUCGGCGGGUCCCGGCUCCAAACUCCCCUCGGCCCGUCGGGAUACACCUGCCGGCAGACCCAAAAUGCUCGGCAUAGGGGAGAAGGUGAUGCGGACAGGAAGUGAGGGCAAUAUUGCCAGCCAAAGGCCUCCGGUCAAUGGGACAACACAGUCGCAUAUCCCGCAAAACACUAAAAUAAAGGAAGAGGACGAGGUGGCCCAACCAAGAAGCAAAAUCAAUCCACCUAAAGGGUCCAUGGCAAGCAUAACCCAGCAACAAGUCACACAGCCCAAGCCUCUGAAGGGUAAUCUAAAGGUGACUUCCAGUGAAGACGCAGAGCACCUGACCCGUAAACAGCAGGUUGUCUCCACUAACAGCCCUGGUUUCCGCUGCGAACCCAAAUCUGCCCGGGCAGGGGCUCCACGCAGACACACUGUGGGCGGAGCGCGCAGCUCACGGGAGAUCCUGGCCAUGCAGCCCUCAGAUAUGGACAAAAAACGAGAGGCCUUUUUGGAACAUCUGAAGCAGAAGUACCCACACCACGCCUCCGCCAUCAUGGGCCAUCAAGAAAGACUACGAGAACAGUUAUUUCAGGGGAUGUUGUCCGCUCUACACUCUGAGAUAGAUAUUCAAAGAUAUCUGAUGAAAAUCCAGACCGUUGGUUCACGCAGAAACCGGGGCUCUAAGCAGAGCGUGGUGUGUCAGAGUCCAGUUCCUGUGUUUGUGGAUCAGGUGGAGCACGGCUCUCUGGUCUCUCUAGAUGCUCUGGAGGUCAUGUCUGAGUGUGACAUGCCCAUCGCCUUCACCCGAGGCUCCCGGUCGCGAGCCAGUCUGCCUGUGGUCCGCUCUACUAACCAGACCAAGGAUCGUUCACUAGGGGUGUUGUAUCUGCAGUAUGGAGACGACACAAAGCAGAUACGCAUGCCUAAUGAGAUAACGAGUGUAGAUACAGUCAGAGCUCUGUUUGUUAGUGCCUUCCAUCAUCAGCUCAACAUGAAGAUGCUGGAGUCGCCCAGCACCGCCAUCUACGUCAAAGAUGAGACCAGGAAUGUGUACUAUGAACUCACUGAUGUCAGGAACAUCACAGAUCACUCCUGCCUAAAGGUGUACCACAAAGACCCAGCGCAAGCUUUCAGUCAUGGAGCCCGGCCAAGCAAUGGAGAUGCAAGGGUUCACAGGGAGAUGAUGUAUGGUGGACGGGAUGGUCAUCCUCUCCGGCAGCCCCCGAUGGGUCCUCCUCCACCCCACAUGCAGGGCUCCAUGUCCCCAACCACACCUCAUGCGAUGCCCCCCUCCCCGUCUCGUAUUCCCUUCGGCCCACGUGUCUCUGGUGGUGGGGUUGCCACAAUGCCACGUGAGCGAGCCGGACACACACUCCCCGCACCCGCCCGCGCAUCCUCCCCCUGCCCGAGCGCCAUCCUUGAGCGGCGGGACGUAAAACCAGACGAGGACGUAGAGCAUGCGAAGAGCAUGUCGCUGCCCGCCCGAGCCGAAAGUCAUUACGCUGACCCUUAUAUGUUACAUCACCAGGUCCUGCCCCCUGAUGCAGUAGACCAUGCCUACCACCGUGCCACCAUGCGCUCUUACAGUAACCCCGGUGUUCCUAUGGAGCCCCCGGACCAUCAUUCACUCUUCCGACAGAAAAGUAGGAAGUACACGGAUAGCCAGCUUCCUAUGCUCGGCUCCAAAACCCCACCCUCUUCCCCGCACCGGAUGGGCGAGAUGCGAAUGAUGGAAAUUCACACAACCCAACCACAGAGCUCCAUGACUAUGGAGAGGGCCUCUCCUGUCAGACAAUCAUUUAGGAAGGAGUCUCCUAUUACAAUGGAUCCCAUGGUAAAGACGAGGGGUGGCAUGGGGUCCCCGGCCACCCCGGAUCUUCAGGUUCACAAUCCGCUGACCCCCCCGACAGAUCCUCAGACACGAGAGAGAAUGAAGGCCAUGGAGGAGCAAAUAGCCAGUCUGACUGGUCUUGUGCAGCACGCUCUCUUAAAGAGCCACAGCACUGACAGCAACCAGGAACACCCCAGCGAGAAACCAGUAAAGUCUGGGUCACCGGCUCACAGCACAUCUAGCACAGGAGGUUCUCCAGUAUUAGCACCAAAAGUUGCUGCAGCACCUCUUGAGCGUAGCCCCGCCCCUACACCACCACUAGGCCCCGCACCCUUGCAUGUUAACUUUCACCUGUUCAGAAGGAAUGUCUCUGAGCUCCGCCUCCAACUGCAACAUAUCAAACAACUACAGCUUCAGAAUCAGGAGUGUAUGCGUGCUCAGAUAAAGCAUGCAGAGCAAGAGAUCAGUGUGAAGCUGGCUGAAAUACUGAGACGACAGGACGAUCCGACACAGAAACAGAGGACGCUGGUGGAGGAAGAGAGACACCGAUAUCUCAGCAUGCAGGAAAGAGUUCUCACACAGCUGGGGGAUCUGGAGCAGUAUGUGGAGACUCUGAGGACUGACUCCAGCCCUGCUGUGUCUCAGAGAUCUGUGACACUGAAGGAGGUAGAGGAGGGAGCUGUCAGCCUGAGGAAGGUGGGCGAGAACCUGGCUGGACUGAAAGGAGAGUUUCCAGCCCUUCAGGCCCACAUGCGAGCAGUGCUCAGGGUGGAGGUCGAGGCCGUAAAGUUCCUCAAAGAAGAGCCCCACAAACUCGACAGCAUGCUGAAGAGAGUCCGAUCCCUCACGGACACACUCGGAAACCUUCGCAGGUGUGCCACAGAUAGUCUGCUAAAUCCCUCUGACUCUGUUCCUUCGUCACCUGCCUCUGAAAAAGCAGAAUCGCCUAUCGUUGAAUCCCUUGAGCCUGCCUCGGUCAUACCUCAGAGCUCCAUAGUGAGGUCAGAGGUUAUGACGUCAAGUCCUAUGGUGAUCCACCAUGUCCAGGCCUCUCCUGUAGCCUCACAACGAUCCCAGAAAUCAAUAGCACCAUCACCCAUUCCCCCUGCUGCACAGAGACGAGAGUCUACACCUUCACCCACCAAACAGCUCAAAAAACCUUCACUUGAGCAGACACAAAUACCAAAUAACAGCAGUAAUGGAGUCUCUGCUAAUGACAUUCAUAGUAAAGGUCCUUCUCCAAACUUGUUAAUUGAGGAGAUCCACGCCAACCGCAGCAAGAGCAAGAACAGGGCUGUGUCGAUCGAGGCUGCAGAGAAAGAAUGGGAGGAGAAGAGACAGAACAUGGGUCAUUAUGAUGGGCAGGAGUUUGAGCGGAUGCUCCAGGAAGCAGAAGCCAACAUGCUGAGAGGAAUACCAAACCUCGAGGUGCCCAGCGAACACGAGGGCUCUCCUUCUCCUCCUGCAGUGCUUCCUGCCUCCCUGGAGGGGGUGAUAGAAAAAAACGAACCUACAGCAGCACCAACAGAACAAGAUGACAAUCAGCCAAACUCUGAGAAACCUACUAAGACAGCUCCAGAGAAACCUCCCAAACCUCUGGAGAAGCCAUUUAAGCCAGCCUUGGAGAGACCUCUUAAACCCAGCCUAUCCAUCAAAUCCAACCUAGAAAGACAGAGUAAGACUCAGGAAAAAGUUAAGCUUCAGACCACAGAGAAAGCUAACAAGUCCCCUCCUCCACCCCCACCUCGACGAAACUACACCACCAACACUGGGAUGACCACCACCCGCUCUGGAGAGGUCAUUUACACCAGCAGGAAGGAGUCUGUUACGGAGGGUGAAGAGGAGUCCAACAGUACAGCGUCUCAGUCUGAAUCAAAGACCCCUCCAGAGGUGAAGCGCAAACCCAUUACUCCUCCACCUAUCGCUGCCUCGGCUAUCACUGAGGAAGAGGAUGAGGGAGACAAGAUUAUGGCAGAGCUACAGGUUUUCCAGAAGUGCUCUGUUAAGGAGGUAGGGCUCAAGGGUUUGGUAGAGCCACAAAUCAGAGAGCUAAGACCUGGGGUCUUACUGCCCCUUAAAGAUAAGAAGAAUACAGAAAACCAAGAUGGCAAGAAUCCUGACACGGACGAGAAUGGCAACAAUACAAUUCGUCAGAGUCCUGGGGUCAUCUACUAUGUCACAGCUCAGAUCAAGGGGACUUCAUCAGUGUCCGAGGAAUCAACAGAGCGUAGAGAUGCAUCACAGUCUCCCCCAUCACAGGUGUCACAUGUCAAUGCUUCUGACCAAUUCCAAAGCCAGCUGCAGGUAUCCACUAACAAAUUUGGUGCCCUCAAAAGUAGCAGCCCAGCCAGCUCUUCUAGCUCUCUGCACCAAAAUCAGCUGUUUCGUUCAGCCUCGUUGAAUUCAAAUCCACCCUCUCCAUUGGAAGAAGUUCCAGGUAGUCCAACCAAAGGGAAAGUUCAUGUGGUCAAGGCUGCUCAAGUGCAGGUUAGCAUAGAGGAGAGGGUAGAGUCUCCAACAGCAAUUUGCUCACCAGUCUCCUUUGGAGACACUGAACACAUUCUUUCUAAAGCAAUCCCUGUUGGGGAUGAUUUGGCAAAACAGAAGCUUCUGUUUGGUCUAUCCAAAGUGAAGGAAAAGAAAUUUGAAGAAAUUGAGGAAAAUGAUGAGACCUUUCUCAGUCCUGAUCUGCCAGGAGAAGAGCCACCUCCCCCUCCUCCUGAUAACUUUGCCUUCAUGAUCACUAAUACCAAUGUACAAGCUCUGUCCACUGGAGAGUACCAUCAGCUUGUCAACGCCAAGAAAGGUUGUGUGCAGACGGUAACUGUUGGCAGCAAACAACCAAGUGCAUCUGACAGUGGCUCAGCAUCAGGAGGUAAUGCCAAUACCAAUGGUUCCCCUGGUGGUGAGCACUCAAGUAAAAAGCCAGUUAUCAUCAUUUUUGAUGAGCCAAUGGACAUCCGCUCAGCUUACAAACGCCUCUCUACCGUCUUUGAAUGUGAGGAGGAACUAGAGCGGAUGCUUGCAGAAGAAAGAAUAGAUGAGGAGAAUGAGGAAACUGAGGAUGAAGGAUGGACUAGAGGAUUGCAGGUCAAACAGAAUGGAGAUGGUAGAGAUUCUGGAAAAUUUACUGGUUCAAAUUCUUCUGCAGAUGUCACAGACGGUCAAGUCAUGAACACUUCAUCCUCAACUUUAUCUGAGGGAGGGGCAUUAGAAGAUGUGAAUAGUGAUGCAAAGCAAGAUGGAAAGAAGAAGUUCAAGUUUAAGUUCCCCAAGAAACAGUUUGCAGCUUUAACGCAAGCCAUUCGUGCUGGAAGCAAAACUGGCAAAAAGACUUUGCAGGUUGUUGUCUAUGAGGAUGAGGAAGAACCAGACGGAACUGUCAGACAACAAAAAGAGACCAAGAGGUUUGAAAUUGCUUGCUCCAAAACAGAGUCUUCAAAAUCAAAUCCACAGGAACCUAAUGGACGAACUAACGAGAUUCGUAAGAGUACCUACAAAACCCUUGACAGUCUAGAGCAAACAAUAAAGCAGCUUGAAAACACAAUUUGCGAAAUGGGGCCCAAGUCUUUGGAAGACCCAGAAAGCUUGGUGAACCCUGACACUCAGGACAACAAGUUUGGAGAGAGUCCAGGGCACUCAGAGAAAGGACUUUCUCCCAAAACCUCGAUUCCUAGGUCGACGUCUGCCAGUAAAGGUCCUGGUCUCCGAAAAAAGACCAAACCACAGCUCCUUCCUCGGCCUGCCAUCAUACCAACUACAGGGGUUUCAGUCACACCAGUUCCCACCCACCAGAAUGCCAACGUGGUCUCACCUACUAGUCGGAUGCCUGUUUCUGCCAAGGUGCGGCAGCAACCGGGCACCUCAGACAAAGAGAGGGCAACAAAACCGCAAAAGCUACAGGACUCUCAGAGGCAGUUUCGCCAGGCUAAUGGAAGUGCUAAAAGAUCUGGAGGAGAUCCCAAAUCCACUUCUCCUACUGUACCUGCUUCUAAAAUUCCUGCUUUUUCCUCUAGUAUGGGAAAAGGCUUGUCCCAGUCUGAUUCUACUAAUAUUGUUAAUUCUUCUCUUUUAUCUUCCUCCUUUCCCGCUAGCAAAUCUUCUAUCCCUCCUUCUCGAUCCAGUUCCACCCCCUCAUCUCAUAUCCCCUCCCUUUCUAAUGGUUCUUUAAAAUAUGCCCCUCCCACUCACAGCACUAAAGGCCUCUCUAUUCCCAUGCAGACACAAAAUGGUCGACCUUCCACCUCUUCUUCCUCUUCCUGUUCCCACUCCCCUUUGUCCCCGACUAUGUUGAGUCAGAGUGCGAAGAGUAUCCGUACCAUUCACACACCCAGCUUCACCAGCUACAGUCGGCAGCACAAUGGGAGUGCCGGUAAAUCAGCUAUCCCAACAGUAACUGUCGCUAAGGAUGCUGCGUAAAUUGCUUUGCUGCUUUGCAACCAUUUGUUUAUCUCUUAAUGAGGUGGAGUCACUCCUGAUUUACUUUGAUUCACUUUUAAAAGUUUUUUUUUUUUGUGAUUUUAUUUGUUUGAACAGAUCAUAUUGUUACAUGAGAGUGAACUUUGUUUUGUCAUGACUUUGGCUAUUGCAUGUUAUUAUUUUCUCUGUUCAAUUGAAUGGCCAUCCUCCCUCCAUUAUUCAGUGUUUUAAACUUGAAUCUCUGCAAAUCAUAAACAUAUAAAAAGAUCAACUGUUUUAUUUUUAAAGUAAAACGUUUAAUUGCAGAGAGCAGGCUCUUGAUCAAGAAUUUUACAGAGCACUUCAUUUGAAAAGAAUAUUUAUUUUUCAUACAAGUUGAAGAGAGGCUAAUAAGUGUUAAAGUUAACAUAGUAAAAAGUAUGUAAACAAUGUUUUGGUUAUUAGCAUCCUGUAAAUGAUUGUAGAUUAUUUUCAUUUUGCAGUUUUAAAUAAAUUGACAGACAUUGGUUGUAGCCAUAAUUAGUGGAAAAGUACUGUAAGUAUACUAACCAUUAACAGAAAUUGUCAAACAUUGUCGGGUUUUUUUCUUUGUCUUUUUUACAUGCACUGCCAAUGUCUUUAAGAUUUAUUGUUAUAAAUUGAAAACAGUUUUGCAUUGAACAGUUGUCUGUCUAUUCAGUAGUUGCCUAUUUGCCAAAGUUUGUAAUUUACAUCCUUAAAAAUGACUAUAUAUACUGUGUUAGACACUAUGUACAUUUAGGAUAGGUUAUACCUGGCUUAACCUACCCAUGUCAAAAAAUCCCUGAUUUACCCAUGCAGUCUAUGGCUCUUAAAUUAAUGAGUAUUGAUGUCUAAAUGUAAACUAAAAAUUGUAGUGAUUGAUAAAAUUGCUCUCUACUUCAUAUGUAUAUACUGUAACAUCUCUAUUUCAGAGAUUGUGUUUAGUUUUGUUAACAUAUUGUACCAAAGUUUAUUUCUAUGCAUGCCUAUACACAAUUGUAGAGAGAGAAUGUAAUAGAAGAAAAUCAUGCUUGCACAGACAGAUUUUGUAAAUAAAUAUGUUUGGUUUUGUAUAGCUUUAAUUGCAGAAGCAAUCUGUGCAAAAGAGUGUAGGUAUUAAAACAAUAAAGUUCUGCAUGCUUGUCGUU